GGCCGCCGGGAGCGGGGCCCGUUUGAACGUUCGGCCGCCGCCACCGCCUGCCUUCCCCUGGCCGAGGUUACUUUGUGUUCUUUCAAAAUGAACAUCGAGGAGAAAGUAAAGGAAAAAUUGGAUGCGGAAUUAGACCGCUGUGUUGUGGCUAUGAAGCCCUAUGUCCUAGGCCUGCAGCGUGGUUCAGAAAGAAAACGAUGCUCACUGUGGAUCAAAAAACUCUGCAGACUUUCAGGAGCAGGAGUAGCCACAGUGGAAAGGGAGAAACGAAACUUGUACGCAAAACUGCUGCUGCGCAUGCUGCAGAGGGGAGUUCUGGAGGGCCCCUUCACCCAAAAACCAGAUGAAGGAGCACUGAAAACUUUGCCUGCCUACAUGUCAGUUUAUUUUGAUGAGCCGAGUACAGCCCACGUUGGGAGCCAUAGCCCUUGCUGCUUACCUGAGUGGGUGGUGGGAGAGCUGGGGAGCCACGAAAGCAAUGUGUCWUCUGUAGGGGAAUCAUCCUCAGCACCACCUCCUUCCCAUGGGGAAAGACUGAGUGAGAAGACAUCAGAAAUAUCCCGUCUGAGUUCUCACCGGACAGAUGAAGAUGACGCAGGCACGUCACUGUCUGAGGAUCAUCACAAAAAAAAUGUUUCAUUUGAAGAUGAUGACCUCGAAACACGUCUCAACAGUUGGAAUCUUGGGUUAGAAAACCCCAGAUACCUGCGAGAAAAACGGGUGCCRAGGACUGUGAUGACACCUAAAAUUGGCAUGGAAAGGAGCAGCCCCUCUCGGGACCACUCAUCGCUGUUUCGAAAGCACGAGAAAGAGAUGGAAAUGAAAAUGAGAAUAGCAGAAGGUAAAUUUCAUGAAGAAAARCUGAAAUUACAGCAGAAGCACGAUGCUGAUGUUCAAAAGAUUUUGGAUAGAAAGAAUAACGAAAUAGAUGUGUUGAAAGCCAACUACACACAGAAACAGAAAGAAGCUGAGGAGACGAUCAGAAAACUGGAGAAAAAAGUUCAGACCCUUGUUCGUGAAUCCCAAGUUGUCCGAGAAGCCAAAGAGCAGCAGAUUGUGGAGCUGAAGAAGAUGUGUGAGCAGAGCAGUGAUUCCUUGAACAAUGAGUGGGAGAAAAGGCUCCACGAUACUGUGGCUGAGAUGGAGAUGGAGAAGCUCAACAUCCGGAAGAAGCACACAGAAGACAUGCAGGAGCUGCUGGAGGAAACCAACGCUCGUCUGCUCAAGAUGGAGGAGGAAUAUUUGCAGCAGACACAGACAACUAACGAGACAGUCCAAAAGCUGGGGGCUCGUGUGCAGCAGCUGACUGUGGAGGCUGAGAACAGUCAUUUGCAACGUCAGAAAUUAUCUCAGGAGAAGAAUGAGGUGGAGCAGCGGUACCUGGAUGUCUGCUCCCARCUCCAGGAGCUGAGAUCAAGGUGCAACUCUCUUCAGAGAGACAAGGAGCAGAUGACACAGGAGUACAAGGACAACCUUCAGCGACUACAAAGCAAAUGUGAUGUUGAUCGAGAUUUUAUAAAGCAGGAACAAGCUCAGACUUCAAAUGUGAUUGCAGAGUUACAGCGGGGCAUGACURUGCUGAAACAACAGUUGCAAGAUGCAGAACUUGAAAGGCAACAACAGCUGAGGGACCAUGAAUACAAGAUUCAGCAGGACAAGCUCCACUGGCAGCGUUUCUAUGAGAAACAGAUUCAGGUCAUUCAGGAUGAUCUGGAUAAAGAAAGAGAAGAGUCUCAGACAAAAAUUCGCCAGCUGGAGCAGGCUCUGAAGGAGAAGGAGGAGCAGCUGAGGCGGGUGACGGAGGUACAGAGGCUGCAAGCCCAGCAGGCAGGCGCUGCCCUGGAGGAGUUUAAGCGGCAGGUGGAGCUGAACUCAGAGAAAGACUCUGCUGAAAUGAAACAGCGGAUGGCAGAGGUUGAGGAAGAUCUAAGCAGAUCAAAAUUGCUUCGGGAAAAGCAAGAGCAAGAAUUCUCCUGGCAGUUGGAUGAGAUCAAGAAAGUGUAUGAACAAAAGAUAGUGGAGCUGAAGCUGGAGCAUGAAGAGGAGAAGACGCACCUAUUCCAGCAGCACAAGGGAGUGCAGGACUGCUUGGUCCGAGACCAUCAACUGGAAAUCGAGAAACUGGAGGAACAGCUCUGCGCUGCCAUGGCAGAGCACGAGUGUCAAGAARGCAGGAGACGAGACGACCAGAUGAUCUCUGAUCUGGAGGACCAAAUCCGCAUUCUGAGGGAAGAACUGAUCCAGGCCAACUCCCUGAGGGACCAACAACUGCUGAACCUGAGCCUCCAGAAGAACGAGGAGAUGAAGGCAGCAGUUCGGGACAAGGAGGUGGCACUGAGCAGUCUGAAGAUGGAGAUGGAAAAUGCCAUGUUAGAGCUGAAAAAGAGGCACCAGGCAGAGACAGAGGCAGCCUUGGACAAGGCCAGCAGCCGGCUGAAGCAGACAGAGCAGGAGUACAGCCUGAAGCUGGCCAAAUCCUCGCAGGAGAUAACUGUGCUGAAGACAACCAUUUCCUCCCUGAUGGAGGAGAACAACCUGCAGCAGCUUGCGGCCGAGCAGCGGCUCCAGGACGUGGCACAGAAAUUGGAAGAUGAGAAGCAGCAGCUGAUGGAAGAUAAUGACAGAACAAUCAAGGUAAUCUGGGGAUUUCUCGUCAAAGAAAUGAGGGGAAUUAAAAGUUAUGAGUGCAG